CAAAAAAUGAAAACUUUAACGUAUAUACCGCACAACAACAAAAAAACAAAAAUAUUUUUGAAAAAUUCGGCAAAUUUCCUUCUAGUGUUCUACAUUUGUUUCGUUAUUAAUCUAUAAUAUAGUAUAUAUCUCUAUCAAUUAGAGUUGAACUUCAACAACUGAAGAAGAAUAAUUUGUUUCAUUUCAUUUUCAUGCUCCCACUGCAUCCUUUGAGUCGAAGACAAACAAAUUCAACAAUCCCAUCCAAUACAUUAUUUCCAUCUUCCGCUCAGUUCAACUUUAUACUUGUUGGUGUAUCUGUAAUGCGAUCAGUUGAUGAGUGAGAAGAGGAAUCCAAAGCGUCAGAAACCACUUCCUUUCAAAAUGCCUGUGACAGACUUCAAUGAUGUGCAAAAUCUCGACGAUGGCAUUCUUUUCCCCGUUGAAGAGAUUGCGCAAUACCCGUUGCCUGGAUAUGUAUCACCAACUUCAAUAAGUUUUACUCCAGAUGAUAGUUUGAUUUCUUAUUUAUUUAGUCCAGAUAACACAUUAAACAGAAAGAUUUUCACAUUUGAUCUGAAGACCAAUAAACAAGAACUAUUAUUCAGCCCCCCUGAUGGUGGACUUGAUGAAAGUAAUAUUUCUCCAGAAGAAAAGUUGAGGAGGGAGAGGUCGAGGGAGCGCGGUUUAGGAGUGACACGGUAUGAAUGGGUGAAAACAAACUCAAAAAGGAAAGCGGUCAUGGUGCCAUUACCUGCUGGGAUUUAUAUCCGAGAUAUUUCCCAUUCCAAAGCAGAGCUCAAACUGCCAAGUAUACCAGGUUCACCCAUUAUUGAUCCACAUCUGUCUCCAGAUGGAUCAAUGCUUGCUUAUGUAAGAGACUGUGAGUUGCAUGUUAUGAAUCUCUUGUCCAAUGAAACAAAGCAGUUGACCCAUGGUGCGAAGGAAAAUGGUCUUAUUCACGGGCUUGCCGAAUAUAUAGCACAGGAGGAGAUGGAUAGAAAAACUGGAUAUUGGUGGUCAUUGGACAGUAAAUAUAUUGCUUUUACUGAAGUUGAUUAUUCAGAAAUUCCGCUUUUUAGAAUUAUGCACCAAGGUAAGAGCUCAGUUGGCACAGAUGCACAGGAAGACCAUCCUUAUCCUUUUGCAGGAGCUUCAAAUGUUAAAGUACGCCUGGGGGUUGUUUCGGUAGCUGGAGGCUCCAUCACUUGGAUGGAUUUGGUCUGUGGGAGCGGGAAUAAACUAGACAGCGAGGAGGAGUAUUUGGCAAGAGUUAAUUGGAUACAUGGAAACAGUGUCACUGCUCAGAUCUUGAAUAGGCACCAGACUAGAAUAAAGAUCGUUAAGUUCGAUAUUCGUACUGGACAAAGGAGAGAUAUAUUGGUAGAAGAAAACAAAAGUUGGAUAAAUAUACAUGACUGUUUCACACCUCUUGAUAAAGGAGUUACCAAGUUUUCUGGUGGAUUUAUCUGGGCUAGUGAGAAAUCAGGAUUUAGACACCUCUAUCUCCAUGAUGCAAAUGGGACUUGUUUAGGACCCAUCACUGAAGGUGAAUGGAUGGUUGAGCAAAUCGCCGGCGUGAAUGAGGCAACAGGUCUAGUAUAUUUCACUGCGACCUUAGAUAGUCCUCUUGAAUCCAACUUAUACUGUGCUAAACUUUUUGUCGAUGGAACUCAACCACUUCAGGCUCCUGCCAGACUUACACAUAGCAAGGGAAAGCACAUUGUGGUCCUUGAUCAUCAUAUGCAAAGUUUCGUUGAUAUCCACGAUUCCAUUUGUUGUCCGCCUAGGGUAUUACUUUGCUCAUUAGAGGACGGAAGCAUCAUCACACCUUUGUAUGAGCAGCAGCCAAUUACAAUUCCAAAAUUCAAAAAGCUUCAACUUGAGCCUCCGGAGAUUGUUGAAAUACAAGCUGACGAUGGUACUACCUUGUAUGGAGCUGUUUAUAAGCCUGAUGCUUCAAGAUUUGGACCUCCACCUUACAAAACCAUGAUCAAUGUUUAUGGUGGUCCAAGUGUUCAGCUUGUUUCUAACUCUUGGCUUAAUACAGUUGACUUGAGAGCGCAAUACUUGAGAAAUCAAGGCGUCUUAGUUUGGAAGUUAGACAAUAGAGGAACUUCUAGACGGGGAUUGAAGUUUGAAAGCUGUGUAAAGCACAAACUUGGACAAAUUGAUGCUGAUGAUCAGUUUACUGGAGCAGAGUGGCUUAUCAAAGAAGGGCUCGCAAAAUCCGGUCACAUCGGGUUGUAUGGGUGGAGCUAUGGUGGGUAUCUGUCUGCUAUGACACUGUCAAGGUAUCCAGAUUUCUUCAAGUGUGCUAUAGCCGGUGCACCCGUUACAUCGUGGGAUGGAUACGACACAUUCUACACAGAGAAGUACAUGGGAUUGCCAUCUGAAAAUAAAUCAGGGUAUGCAAGAGGCUCCGUUAUGAACCAUGUGAACAAGUUGAAAGGAAGGUUGUUGCUUGUGCAUGGCAUGAUUGAUGAGAACGUACAUUUUAGGCACACUGCAAGGCUUAUCAAUGCACUCGUGGCAGCUGGAAAAACGUAUGAGCUGAUCCUUUUCCCGGAUGAGCGUCACAUGCCUCGGCGUCAGAGUGAUCGGGUCUAUAUGGAAGAGAGGAUGUGGGAAUUCAUAGACAGGAACCUGUGACAUCAUAUAUUUUUCCUUCGUUUUUCUUUUCUUUGCUCAAUCGAAUGGCCAGUGUAGUCUCUGAAGUUCUUUUACCUCACAAGACGAUUGGCCAUUUGGUGCAUUUCGUUAUACAGGAUAAAUAUGAAGUUUAGAUUAUUAAAUCACAAUAAGCCUUGAAAAUUAACUAGUCUAGUUUAAAUUCUGAAAUUUGUUGCUCUUCCUUCCCUUAACUCGGAGCAAUUAGAAAUUUCUUGGUGGAAGUAAGAAGUAAAAUUUGAAAAGGGAUAUAUUUAAUGUUUAUGAAGUGUUUGUUUACUUAAAAAAACAAUGUAAUGUACAUUCACAUGGAAUUAUUUUAGCUUUAAUGAUUCCGCUCUCAUUGUUCCUACCUCACGGAAGGAUUUC